AUGUCAAACAACACCAACUGGUCCAGCCCCAGAACUCUUCCCCCAAUACUCAACUGGCCCGACUACACAAACGAGCGAGACCAACUCAUCAAGCGGUGCGCCGCAUGGCGGCGUCGUCACAUGGUGAUUACGGGGGCGAUCGUCUCACGCACUCCCGUGCGCCGUUUCACCGAGGGUAGAAGCCUUGGAGGCCGUCGGCAGCUGCUGGUUCAGGCCGAUGCGCUGGCCACGGAGCUCUCGAGAAGAUGUGGUUUGCGAUAUGCUGUGCUGAUGGCGAGUGUAGUGCGUGAUUGUCUGGCGUUGAAGUCGGCGGAGCGUGAGGGUAUGCUUGCGAUCUGGCGGCAUCCGCCGGAUGAACCCGAGAGAAACCGCCGGCGGCUCAUGGAAGCCCAGCUCAUUCUCGCGCUCUGUCUUUUGAUUAGCGACCUGUGUCAUCCUCAUGAGCUGAAUAUCCCAGAAGGGGUGCAGCAAGCAGAACACCUCAUGGACCGCAUCGAGCAAUCGCCCAAUGUGCGAGGUCACCGCGAUUCGCUGUCCGUGGACGGCGUAAGGAUCGAGUCUGCUGCGCUGACGACCUUCGCCACGUUCAGAAAGCAGAUCUCGGGUCUCGAGGGGGAUUUCAACCACGUCAAUGCAAACAAGACAGCCAUUCGGUGA